UAAAAGUCGAAAACAUUUUGAAUAUUUAUUCAUUCAUUCGUGGUUUCGCCCAAAACACACUCGUUCAUUCCGAUGGUGCUGUUUCAUGAUUCAAUCCUUCAAAUAUAAACUAGGUGACUCAAUCUCUCUUCACUCUUACUACAUUUACUACUACUGUUCAAUACUUAUUACAAAUGCACCGUUUUUUGUUUACUAGAUUCACUCAUAGAACCCUUCGUUCUAUUAUUCUUUCCCACAAUGCUUUUUCUCUUUUAUUCAUUCAUCGUUCUUUCUCUGUUGCUAACACAAAUCACCAUCAUAAAGAUGAAACCUUUACGUUAUCAACCCUCGUAAAUUCGUGUAGGUUAUCACCAGAAACAGCCCUAAAACUCUCCAAAAGGUUACAAAUCAAAAACCCUAAUUCCCCUAAUGCUGUUAUUCAACUUCUCAAAACCUAUGGCUUCUCUGAUUCACAGUUAUGUAGUUAUGUCAAAAAACACCCUUUGGUUCUUUUAUCAGAUCCUGAAAAGACCCUUUUGCCCAAACUCAAGUUUUUUCAUUCCAUUGGGGUUUCUACCACUGAUCUCCCCAAAAUCCUCAUUGGGAACACUAACUUUUUGUCAAAAAGCUUGGAGAAAACCCUUAUCCCUUGUUAUGAGAUUAUUCGGAGCCUAGUUCGGAAUGAUGAAGAGGUAGUUUCAACUUUGAAGCAUGGUUCAUGGAACGUUCAUUCUGUUUGGGUUGUAAAUGAUGCAGUUCAAAACAUUGAGGUUUUGAGGCAACUUGGUGUGCCUCAAGGUUGCAUUUCCCUUUUGGUAUCAAAUUUUCCGAGUGUAGCAUUUGCCAAGCAUAGUAAAUUUGUUGAGGCUGUUAAUAUAGUGAAAGAAAUGGGGUUUGAUCCUUCGAAGUCGAAUUUUGUUUUGGCAGUUCAAGUAAUUGCAAAGAUGGACAAAGAUAUUUGGGAGUCGAGACUUAAGAUUUUUGAGAGGUGGGGUUGGUCGAGAGACUCAUGUCUUUUGGCUUUCCGAAAAAAUCCUCAGUGUAUGAUGAUUUCAGAAAAAAAGAUUAUGAAAACAAUGAGCUUCUUGGUGAAGGAUAUGGGUUUUACCCAAGAAGACAUUGCUAAAAGCCCCGGGAUUCUGAACCGCAACUUCGAGAAAACAUUUGUCCCUAGAUGUGCAGUUGUUAAGAUUUUGAAGUCAAAGGGUUUGAUAAAGAGAGAUUAUAGCAUAACUAGCAUUAUUUCAAUUAGCGAGAAAAGGUUUUUGGGGAGAUUCGUCACCCGAUUUCAAAAAGAUGCAGCUCUGUUAAUGGAUGCAUAUAAUGGUCACAAGUUAGAUUAAUCAUCUAGCGAGAUAUAUGCUUCUGCUACAGGAUGUAUACAAAAGUUUUAUCAAUCAUCAGAAUCUAAUGGUUUUUGCAGACUAUUGUCCUAGCUUGCAACGUUUCUAUUCAAUCAUCAGAAUCUAAUGAUUUUUGCAGACUAUUAUCCUAGCUUGCAACGUUUCUAUUCAAUCAUCAGAAUCUAAUGAUUUUUGCAGACUAUUGUCCUAGCUUGCAACGUUUCUAUUCAAUCAUCAGAAUCUAAUGAUUUUUGCAGACUAUUAUCCUAGCUUGCAACGUUUCUAUUCAAUCAUCAGAAUCUAAUGAUUUUUGCAGACUAUUAUCCUAGCUUGCAACGUUUCUAUUCAAUGCUGAAUUGAACUUCAAGUUUCAUUGGCUUUCAGUUUUUUCUGUCAACAUUUUGCAGUUCUGCAUUUUUGACAAAUUAUUUUUGUUGAUACCACAGAACUUAAAGAAGAGUGCCUAUGUUUUGUAGGCCUUGUGUAACUUUGAUAAAUUUUGUUUUGAUUGUUUCAUUCUUGCUUUAAAUAAUUGUUUUUCUCUAGGUGGAUGCAGAAUUCAAAAAUAACCAAUGUUAAUUAUAAUUGAAUCUAAUUGUAUUUAGUUAUUGCUA